CACACACACACACAACACAGACACACGCGCGCGAUAAACAUCUCGCACCAAAUUCAACUCCAAAACUUCGACCCUGGGUUUGGGAGAACAUUCUUUUUUUGCUGAAAGAAAGAAGUACAAUUUUCUUGGGAAAAUCCUCCACAAGUUUUGGAAACCGCUGGAAUCGAGGCUGGGUCCCAUUUGCUGUCAGUUUCAGGAUGAUUCUGGGAGUUUCAGGUUGGAUAAUGCUGUGCCUUUUGGAACUGGCUUCGAGUGCAGAGCAGGGUUGUCCCAGUAAGCAACAGGUAUUAAGUGCCAUUCGCCAGAUGCAGAAACUGCUGUCUACUCAGGAAGCCCAGUACACACAAGGAAUUCGCAUGAUGAAGAGGAAGCUCAGCCUCCUGCAAAACACAGUGAACAAACAGACCUCCAAGCACAAUGAAACUUGUCCCAAACUCAACGCUCCAAAUAACGGAAAGAAGUUUGGAAGCAGAUAUUUAGUUGGUCAUGAGGUACACUUUGCCUGCGAUCCUGGUUUUGUCUUAGUGGGAUCAAAUACCAGGGUGUGCCUCAAAGAUAAGACGUGGAGUGGACAACUGCCUUUCUGUAAAAAUAUAAACGAGUGUGCCAGUAAUCCCUGUGUCAAUGGUGGAACCUGCGUGGAUGAUGUAAACCGAUAUGCCUGUCUCUGUCGAGCAGGCUGGGCUGGCUAUAAUUGCCACCUUACCUUAAACUCACAGUGGACUACAUCACAGAGUGACUCGUCCUUCAGUCACCAGCCACGUUGCACAGAUGUCCAGGGCUCACAACAUUGCAGCUGCGAGUCAGGUUUCCGCCUCAGUGGGAAGGAUGUUAGACAGUGUCGAGAUGUGGAUGAGUGUGAGUUGUUUCAGACAGGCCGACUGGCUCGGCUCUGUGCGCAUUCUUGUGUGAACAUGCCAGGUUCAUAUUAUUGCACAUGUCCCUCCGGAUAUAACUUGCAGGAGGAUUCACGGACCUGUGAAGAUAUUAAUGAGUGCAUGAGCAAUCAGCACAACUGUACCAGGGAGGAGAUUUGUAUAAAUAUACACGGAGGAUUCCACUGUGUCCGCCCCGAGUGUCCAAAGUCUCGGCACAAUGCCAGCUACGUAAAAACAUCACAAUUUAAAUGUGAGAGAAACCCAUGCAUAGUGGAAAACAAGUUGUGUGCAAAUGCCGCAUACUCCAUUACCUUUCACUACCUGACCUUAACCUCCAACCUACGAACCCCAAGGACCCUGUUCCGGAUGACCAGCAGCCGAUUUGUAGGUGAUACCAUGCGCUUCAGUAUUGUAGGGGGCAAUGGGCAGAACCAUUUCUCCAUCCAACGCUCAGACAGGCAAACAGGGGAGUUGGUGCUGGUGCAGCCUAUCCAGGGCCCUGCCACCUUGGAGGUUGAAAUGGAGAUGACGGAGCUCUCUGGAAAAACAGUCCUGAUGAAGCACAUCUCCAAGGUCAUCAUCUUUGUCUCACGAUACAACUUCUAGACAACUUCAGCUUCCAUUCACUCUUCUUCCUGUAUUUUUUUUGAAACGUGCAAAGAUAAACUGUGUGUGUAACCAAUAGAGUUAAAGUGCUUUUAAAAAAAACUAGGAUAUCAAGCUACACAUCUAUACCAUAUGUGCUACUGUCUUCUCAGAAGGAAGGGAAAAGAGUUUGGAGAACUGGAUAUUAGUAGAGGGGAGAGAGAUAGUUAUAAUGAGAUUUUAAUGCAUAUAGAACCAAACACGUUUUAAGGAUCCUGCAUAUGUGAUAAGGCAAUGCCUUCACCUCAUAAAGGUUCUUCUCUUUGAUUAACAUUAGACUGAUACUAUAAUAUUGUUAAAGUGGGUGUGCUGUGGUUGAUCCAGUUACAGCCAGCAGUGCAAUAUGCUAAGGAGACACAGAAUACAUAAUGACAGGAAGUGAUGCAAUGUCACAAAUUUUGCUCCCUCUCGCAGCCCCAUGGCAAGAUGACGCCACGGCACUUGUUUCUUGUUAAUGCUUUCCCUCCCUCAGCAAACUCUGUGAGUAUUCUUUAGCAGAUCAGUGAGACCAAAAAGAUUAAAUGGUGGCAGUUAGUGAAAGACAAAGUGUCAUAGUCUCUGCCAUUGCUAGAAGGUUUUGAGCAGGUCAUUGAAUCCAACUAAUAGAAGUAUGGCUGAAUUAGUGCUGAAGUUUUACCUGAUAUCACUCUGCAUUGGGUCUCACUGCAAAAUCAAAUAUUGAUGAUCUCAGUACACUACUGAAUGCAAUGAAUGGCUGUGCAGAUGGUAACUUAGCCAGGCAAUGAAUUGACCAAGAGAAAACUAUAUAUGAGGAAGAAAUUAAAAGGAUUGCCUACUUCAAUCUAUAAAAGAUAUAAUUGAGCAAACUGAAUGUAAUAAGCAUAUUCCAUGACAAUAGAAAAUAUCAAUAUUUUUAUCAAUCAUCUCAGCAGAAUUCUAGAGUACUGCAGACUAACUAAUCAGAGAGAAAAAUUUUGUUGGAGUCUUCGAUCUAGCAUUGUAUUAUCUCUUGCAGUUGAGGGCUGCCUUAACAUUAACAAAGGUAAUUUAGCCGAGUAGGCAAGCUGAGCACAGAAAACAAAAUAAAUCAGUGAUUUGGGAUGUCAUAGAAUCCCUAUAGUUUGGAAACAGGCCAUUCAGGCCA